UAUGUGACCACCCCACAACAUAUAGUUUGGGUCACAAAUUAAAUUAUUUGUACAUAUUCCAUUUUUUUCCUGUUUAUCUCUAUUUAUAUGUGUAUAUAAGGUUUAUUUAAAUUACUUAAAUGUAUUGUAAUGAGCUUACAAUAAAGAGUUUAGCUGCAUUUUCUGAAUUCGGAAUGGCAGUUAAGAGAGAGUUGAGUUACCGUGACGACUACAGCACAUCCUCAGACAACAAAGAGGACCGUGAAAGCAACAACUAACUCUCGUCUCUCUCAUUUCCUACUAAGUUGAUUACUGCUUACAGUCUUCCCAACUGCCUGGGACCUGUAACAGAUUUUGGGGGCUCGUCCGGGAUCAGCGCUACUUUGAAGACGCCUGGUCCGGUGAUUUUGAACCAAGGGACAGCAAAGCACAUUCUUCAGGAGGGGAGCAACGUGUGUGUGAGAGGCUAAGGGGAGCAGGUGACUAGCAUCAUCCUGACCAAGAGCAUCACAACACAACCAGAUCUACCUGAGAGUGCAUCAUGUCCGACGAAGAAAGAAAGAGACUUAUCUGGAACAUCAAGAAGAAAGUCUACACUUUGAACAAAGGUGAACUCUUCCAGUUGGCAAAAGACAUUCACCCAGCACCAGAUGCAGAUGUCACACAAUUAAAGGAUGGUGAAGAAGAGAGCUACAUUAAUUAUAUUGUUACUUACAUGCAUAGUUGUGAAUUAUCUAGGCUACCUGACCAAGGGAUGACUGUGUUAAUGAAUUUAAAUGAUGGUAUUGAUGAAAUUGUAGAGCAACGUGCUAUUAGAACUGAAAAGGUUACUCAGCCAUCUGUUGCACCUCAUAACACAGACACAUCAGAGGAGGAGUAUCAGAGGAUGCUAUCAAACUAUGAGGAGUUAGGUAGAAAGCUUUUAGCCAGUAAAGCUAAACCUGCCACACUACCUACACCCACAGUCACGUCACACACACAUUUUCCAUACAAUAAUAAUCCUGUAUAUUCCAGCAUUCAAAGGCAGGAAUUUAAUGACCACAGCCCAUCUCACUCUGCACCUGACACCAUGGUCUCCAUCAGAGACAUUGCAAUGUUGCAGCGUCGAGAAUUCAAGAUCCAUGGGGGACAAAUAGGAGACAGUGUGUCUGACAUAAGAUUCAGCAAUCUGUGCAAGCAAAUAGAUGAAGGCAUUAAGGAAGGCUACACUGAAAGCGAAAUUAUUAGAGGGGUGCUCCGUAUGAUCAAACCUGGAAAUUUUAAAGAUAUGUUAAUAACCAAGGAUGACGUGACUGUAGCAGAAUUGAAGAGUUUUCUCCAGUCUCAUCUAGGUGAAAGCAGCAGUACUGAACUUUUUCAGGAACUUAUGACUGCCAAGCAACAUGACCAUGAGACACCACAACAGUUCCUGUACCGCAUGAUCAGCUUAAAACAGAAAAUACUGUUCUGUUCUAGACAAGUGAAUUCAGACAUCAAAUACGAUGACCGCACAGUUCAGAGUGUAUUUAUCCAUACUGUUUCACAAGGCAUCGGCUUAAAGCACAGUGACAUUCGGCGAGAGCUGAGACCAUUCCUUUCAGAUUCCAAUGUCUCUGAUGAAACCCUGCUGAGGCAUAUAAUAAGAAUUACAAGUGAUGAAAGUGACAGACAACGCCGGCUGGGACAGUCUACUCGUCAUAAGGUGGUCCAUGCACACAGCGCACAAUUUGAGUCUGACAGUGGGGCUAAAGAAAUGGUGAGAGUGGAUGAGACAACUAAAGAUAAGACCAUUCAGCAGCUGAAGGAACAAAUAGAAGCUUUAACUACUGCAGUGGACUCCUUGAAGCGGUCUGGAAUGCCAAAUUUUCCUAAUUCAUGGCACGAGUACAGUGAGUUACAACCUCAAAGACAUCAGCAAUCACCUCAACAGCCUACUUUCGACUUUCAGCAUCCGACACCAUUCCUACCAUCUACCAUGCCACUGUACAAUCCAGAUACACGGGUGCAGUCUCAGACCCAGUAUCAAUCACAGCAUCAAUACAAGUCAAGACCCCAAACACAAUUCUCUUCGAGUAGACACCCUCUUCAAAGACAGCGACAGUCAAGGUGCCACGAAUGCAUAGAUAAAAAUGUGACCACUUGCAGCCAUUGUUUUACGUGCGGUGCAGAGAGACACAGAGCAGGAGGCUGCCUUCGGACGUCAAGAAACCAGGGAAACCGGGAACGAUCACUGCACAGGGACAACCAGUGAUCGAAGUAAAGUAUCCGUCCCAGUAUGAAAUGUCACAAGACUCUACAGUUACUUCAACUUUGUCAAAACAAAUCUACAACAUCACUUCUCCAUAUUUAUCAAAUCAGUCCAAUCAAAUGAGAGUUGCUCAGCUUGUAGGAGAAAAGUGUCUGUUGAAAUGUACAAUGAAUGGUUGUCCUGUCAGUGUUUUAUUAGACACAGGAGCCCAGGUCAGCAUUAUGGAUUAUCAUUGGAAAGAAAUGUACUUACCUCACACAAAGCUUCGCCCACUCACCGAGAUUAUUGACCCACAGGAACUGGAGGUCAGAGAUGUAAAAAAGGACCUAAUACCCUUUCAUGGUUGGGUGGAGAUUACCCUUAACCUUCUAGGGAAUGAAGACCCUAGACUGGCUAUACAUGUUCCCUUUCUCGUAAGCAGGAUUGGCUUAGACAGACCCAUUCUGGGGUUUAAUGUUGUACAAGAAAUUAUAAGAGGUGGUGAAAAUAGAACCCAAGCCUUGUUUACUCUAGUCAACCUCCUCAGCACAGCAAUGGAAAUUGAAGAAGAUAAGGCCAAUGUUCUUAUAAAUCUCAUUCAAUACCAGGAAACUUCAAACGAGCUAGAUUUGGAUAUCCAGGUCCCAAUAAAUGUUGGACCUCAAGAUGUUGUUAUCCACUCAGGUUGUGUCACUCAUGUUAAGUGCCGUGUUCCAGACAACUUCAAUGACACCAGUCCGAUGGUGCUGUUCGAACCUGUCAUGGAGUGUCCACAGUUGGACCAGUUGAUUGUUGGCGAGGGACUUUUGAAAAUUCAAAAUCCACAGAAACCAUAUGUUCAAAUACCUGUUGGCAAUCAAACUAUGCAUAGCAUCACACUGCCUCGAAAGACCACACUAGGGAGCAUUCAGACAGUCAGAAAAGUAAUCGAAACUGAUCAAGCUGAUUUUCAACCUUUGUCGGUGGAAGUAAACAGUAUGGACUCUCUGGCUGGUACCAAGGAUGAAGGAAGAAAUUCUACAACACUUUGGCAUCCUCCAGUUAAUCUUAGCCACCUCAAUAAAGAACAGCAAGAGCAGGUAAAAGAAUUGCUUUAUGAAGAGUCAGCAGCUUUUGCACGUGACGAUGAUGACAUCGGAUGCAUUCCUAGCCUGCAGAUGGCAAUUACAUUAAAGGAUGACAUACCUGUGCAAAGAACAUAUGCCUCUGUACCUAAACCACUCUAUCAGGAAGUCAAGGAGUACAUUCAAGACUUGUUGGCUAGAGGUUGGAUUGUUAAGUCCAAGUCAUCAUACUCUGCUCCUGUUGUAUGUGUGAGAAAGAAAGAUGGUUCACUUAGACUUUGCAUUGACUAUCGUUCACUUAAUAAGAAGACAGUACCGGACAGACACCCUUUGCCUCGUAUACAAGACAUAACAGAUACUUUAGGGGGUUACAGCUGGUUUUCCAUUCUAGAUCAAGGAAAGGCAUACCAUCAAGGGUUUAUGGCUGAGGGAUCCAGACAUUUGACGGCUUUCAUUACACCGUGGGGGUUAUAUGAAUGGGUAAGGAUUCCUUUUGGGCUGACCAAUGCGCCUGCUGCAUUUCAGAGAAGCAUGGAAGAGAUG